AUGUGUCAAGCAAACGAAGAGGACGACGAACUAUUUCAAUCACUCAAAUCCGCAGGAAAUAAAGCAACAAUCAGUCGAAAAUGCAUGAGCUGUGAUCAAGAUGCUUGUGUCAUAGUUCGAAUUGCUGAUCCAAUGUGUCGGAAAUGUUUUGAAGAAUUUUUCAUACAUAAAUUUCGUUCCACAAUAUCAAAAUCUAAUGUAUUCGAACGAGGCGAACGUGUUCUUCUUGCAUAUUCCGGUGGGCCAUCAUCGACAGCUUUACUUCAUUUGAUUGUUGAUGGGCUUAGUGUAAAUGCUCGAAGACGUCUUCAAUUUCAAGCACAAGUUGCUUUCAUCGAUGAAUCUUCAUUGUAUCCGGAUUCGAAUGAUGUUCGCGAGAAAGUCAUCGAUCUUAUAAAAAAUCAAUUGAAUUACCCAUUACAUAUUGUUUCCAUUGAUGAGAAUCUUGAUAAUGAAAGUAAUUUUAAAGAUUUGCUAUUUCAAAAAACAAAAUCAAUGACUGCUCGUGAAGAACUUAUUCGACGACGAAGAUUAAAACUAUUAUUUGAUAUUGCCAAACGUGAAAAUUGUACGAAAUUAAUUACGGGUGAUAAUUGUACAAAACUUGCAGCACAAAUUCUUUCCGAUAUGGCACAAGGCAAAGGUGCUCAUGUUGCUCUUGAAUGUAAUUUUACAGAUACAAGAAAUGAUUCAGUCACUAUAGUAAGACCAUUUCGUGAAAUAAUGUCGAAAGAAAUUGCUAUGUAUAAUCGAUUGAAUUCUUUUGAAUCUCUGCAAAAUGCUGAUAUAGCAACUAUGUCUGGUCCUCAAUCGUCCAUAUUUAAACUAACAGAAACACUUGUUAAUGACCUACAAAGACAAUUUCCAUCAACCGUUAGUACGAUAUUUCGAACAUCUGAUAAACUUGAAAAAACUAUAAAACCUGACCGAUGCGAUUUAUGUUGUUAUCCACUUGAUCUCGAAGAAGAUCAAUCAUUAUUAUCCGAUCAAGACAGAAUAAAACUUGUUCAUCAACUGUUCGAUACAUUCUCUAAUAGUACUGAUUCAGUUCAUGUUUGCUACGCAUGCCGAAGAUUAUUACGAGAUGUAAAACCAAGUACAGAAUCGCAUUAA